ACAAGAUCAACAUUCAAAACUAACAGUUCUGUUCAAAUCAUCAAAAUAAUCCUUCAUCAACACAUUGUUUUGGCUGAGUUCCUGAUUUCUGUCCUUGACCCUUAGCAAAAUUCCUUCCUUUUUUAUUUUUUCUUCCCUUUUUUUACCCCCUUUCUUCCCUGUCUAGGUCUAAUCUCCUUUGGAAAUGAAAAAACUGUUAGGGCAUCUGGAGCUGGAAGUGCUUUGAGCCUGUUCAAACAUGGAGCACUGGGACUCACUGGGAUUUUUGAUAGUCACACUCAAUUAUAACGUGACUAUUGUAGGGAAGGUCUGGCUGAUGCUGGUAAUUCUGCUGCGGAUGGCAGUGGUGGUGUUGGCUGGGUACCCCCUCUACCAAGAUGAGCAGGAGCGCUUUGUCUGCAACACCCUGCAACCAGGAUGCUCCAACGUCUGCUACGACUUGUUCUCUCCUGUGUCUCACUUUAGGUUCUGGCUCAUUCAGACCGUGUCUGUCCUGCUGCCUUAUAUUACGUUCUGCAUUCAUGUUCUGCACAAGGCAGCUAUGCACAUUGUGAGAAUGCACUGUGUGGUGCAUGGCUGCAAGAGGAACAAGGGUUUGUCAAGCCCCAAAGAUGUGAAGGAGCUCUGUAGAAGUGCAGUUGUCAACAGAGUAGAUUGUGGUGCAGACAACCUAAGUGUCCUGAAUUUUUCAGGGGCAUAUACCAUUCAUCUUUUUAUUAGGACCCUACUGGAAGUUGCCUUUGCAGCUGUGCAAUACUUUCUUUUUGGAUUUUCUGUUCCUGACCGCUUUUCAUGCUACCACUCACCUUGCACAAGCGCUGUUGACUGUUACAUCUCCCGGCCCACUGAGAAAUCCAUCAUGAUGAUUUUCAUCUGGGGGGUCAGCAGCCUGUCCUUCCUACUCAGCCUUGCUGAUCUCGUCUGUGCUCUCCGGAGAAUGACAGCAAGAAACCAAAAGAAGGUGUUGGCAAACCUCUGCACAGAGAAAGAGUGCAUGUUACACCUUCCCCCAGUCCAGCACAGUAGCUCUCCUCCACCUCAAAAUGGGGAUGGCCCAGUAGCAAACAGCUGUCAGCCCAGUGAUGGCUCCUGCUCGCUUCUCUCUGAAGAGGAGGAAGAGGCUGUGCUUCAUCCCGAAGGUGUCCCUCAGCAAAGUGCCAGCACUAACCUCAGCAGCAGCAGCAAUAAGUGCUGUGUGUCAGCAGACCUUGCUGUUAAGCAGCAGAGCACAGAAGGACCCCUGUGUGCCAGGGACCAGCAAGGAACCCCCUGCAGCCAAGUGAGAACCAGACUUCAGCCAGACUUCAAUAAAGACACUGCCCUGGCUUUGAGACCUCAGAUGGAGUCUCCCCUUGGAGUUUCUUCCUCUGUUGUUCAGAGCAAGCUUUUAGGGUUCUACCCUUCAGCUGAGCUAAAAAGCCCUGAUGCACAAUCAAAUUAUAGCAGCACUAGCUGCCUGAGGUCAAAAAAGUCCGAAUGGGUAUAGGAGCCAGAGUGAGCACUACGCUGUGACCCUGACUGGGCAAAUCAUUGCAUCACCAAAGAGGCUUCAGGGAGUUUCAGCUGAGUCUCUUGGCUGUGGUUAUGCUGCAGAGAUGCUCUACCCUGCUGUGUACCUCCAUUAGAAAAGAAGCAAACACUUUGGAUAAGAGUUUGAAGAGUAUUGCAUUGCGGGAUGUGUUCCUCAGGAAAUGUGACAUCUUUAUGUUUUUCUGCAUGUAGGUGGUUUUAAAAGGCUGUGGACUGUUGCUGAUGUGACUGGCCUGGUUUUCCAGGAGCAUGUGUGAACACUUGUUUACUCUAACCUAGUUUUAUUGCAAAAUAUUGAGCUUAGCAAAGAUAUGUUUUCUACUGUCAGAAGAAGACUAAUUUAUCUCCUCAUAUUAAAUUCUCAAAGUUCACUCUAAGACAGGAUAUUCAAGAAGACUAGACAGCUAAUAUAACAAAAACACUUGUUUUGUAGCAAAGUGUUAAUGUGUCAAAAUCCUAGAUCUUGUUGCUUGAAGGUGACACCCCUCCCAGCUAGCAGUGCCAGGGCAGUACCUUCUCUGACACUGAUGGCAGCAGCAGCCUGACCAUGCCUGAGAUACUCAACUAUAACAACUUCCAGUACCUAGAGGGGCCUAAAGGAAAGCCAGAGAGGGACUUUUUACAAGGACAUGUAGGAAUUUACAAGGACAAGGAGGAAUUGCUUCAAACUGAAGUAGGGUAGGUUUAGAUUAGAUGCAAGGAAAACAUUUUUUACUUGAUGGUGGUGAGGCAGUGGAAGAGUUUGCCCAGAGAAGCUGUGGAUGUCCUGGAUGCCCCAUCCUUGGAGGUGUCCAAGGUCAGGCUGGAUGGAGCUUUGAGCAAUCUGGUUUCAUGGAAAUUGUCUCUGCCUAUGGCAGAGGCCUUGGAAAUAAAUGAUCUUGAAUGUCCCUUCCAACCCAAACCAUUCUAUGAACUACAAUAACCUGCAAAACAGAGUAGCUGCAUCCACAUUAGCUGUUGGGCAUGGUCCUGUGCUUGAGAAUUUCUUGGGAAACAACAAGGAGCUGUGAGCCAGAAGGGUGUCAGGGAGUGCUCCAGCAGCUUGGCAGGGACUGAGCAGCAGUGCCCGUGCUCUGGCUCCACUGACACAUCUACAGGGUGUUGCUUCUCAGCCUUAAAUAGUGACACUGGGCUCUCAGUUUCAGGAGGUGGGAGUGAGUCACCUGACCUCUUCUAGGGGUCUCUAAAGGUAAGAUGAGUCACUUUCUGGGUAUGCCUAUUUCUCCCAUAUAUGAUUAUCUCAGACUUGGGUUUAGGGAAAAUGGCUUCUACCCUGAAAGAAGGAUAUAGUGGCAAUGUCUAUAUCAGAGUGCUUGCCCUCUUUGUCUGACAGACUUAUAAUGCUAAUAAUUUGAAAACAUGUCUCAAUUGAGUGAAUCACAGAAGAUUUUAUUACAGUUAUGCCUUUUCUUUCCUUCAGUGUUAAUUCUGCAGCAUUUGCAUAAACGUGAUCCAGCACUACAGCACAGCAGUGCGUGAGAUGAAUUUUCUUUUAGCUACAAGUCAAGGAGGCUGAAGGUUGCACAUACCUGCAGAUCAUUAGUGGGAGUGGAUGUGGAGGAGCAUGUACCCAGAGAAAUGUGCUGCUGGUAUUAUUCAAAUUAUUCAGAGGGUAUGAAGAGCUGGUAUCUGCAGAUACUGCUUGGUGCUGGAGUAGCUACGAUGCUGUUUAGACCAGGCACAGAUCUAGUCUUGCUCUUGGGCUGCCAUGUAACAAGUUUCUCCAAUAUAUUAAGGGCUGGGUCCCAUGUGCAGGACAUGAAGCUUUCACAUUCUUCCUUUUCUCUCCUAUGUGUUCAGAAGUCUUCAAGACAGGCUGAUCACACCUGUGUAGCAUUUCUCACGUGUAAGGUGAAGACUAACAAUGAUCUCUUCUGCAUUCCCCCAAAAUUAGGUGGCUUAAUAGAUAGACAGAACUGCUCUUGGGGUCAGGAGCAAAGUACUUUGGGAUCCUGAGGUGGGCUAUGAGCAUUUUUAAUUACUACCUUCUAAGUAAGGUUUUCCUCUCUAUUAGCUCUGUUUGUUUCUUUUAUCGUGCAUGCUUGUUGUGUGAUUUGUCAUUUCCAGGGUAGAAACAGCAUUAAUUAUUAAACUUAUCAUAGGCAGAAAAACAUUAAAUAUUUAAACUUCUCAUCCUCCAAAGCCUCUUUAAUGGGGUGUGUGCUGAUUACACAUGCCAUGACAAAACAUUGCAACAAUGAAACCUUUUAUGAUUCAUUGCAUCUUCUCAGACGUGAGAAGGAAUGCAAGGAACAAAUGUGGAUUCAGGCUAUUGCAUACAUCCCACAGCAUGAGAUAGAAAUAGGUUAGGAAAAAUAAUAAAUGCAUUUUGGCUGGACACAGUUUGUGGUUUUUGGUGUCUGGUUAGGCAUUUUUUAAUGACUGAAGAGUCUUAUUUCAAAUUGGAAGGAUCUUUUGUUUGAAAUGGAAAGUGAAAUUAGUGGAUGUCUUCCUUAGUCUGCAGAGACUGGCUUUUGGGUUGUGUUGCUCAUCUGCAAACUUGACUGAUUUUGGGACUUGUGGAUCCAUUGGCACAUAAUUCAGUUAGUGUAAUAAGCACUCAAUGUGUUUACAAAAACUGCAUACUAAAAGAGAAAAAUUUGGUGUGGAAUUUUCCCUGAGGAGUGAGUAGAAACCUCUGGCACUAACAACCUGCUCCUAGGGCAAUGACUCAGAGCCUUUUACUACUAUUUCUCCAAGUCACAUUUAUUAAUUACAAAGACUGUGUGGAUUUGCCAGCAAGAGAAGACCAAGGGAAGAAGUGUAAAGGAAGUUUGAACUGUUGUGAAUGUCCAAAGCUCAAAGAAAUGAAGUGAUGGUUGGGAGGGACAUCCACAGUGGGGAGGAGAAAAUAGAAAAAAAAGAUCUGUUUGAAAAUACAGAGGGGAUCCCCUCUAAUUUCUCCAUGUAUUCAAGAUCACUGAAUGUGGAGGUGCUGUAGAUAUCUAGAUGUCUUAGAGUGAGAAAAGAACUGAUAGAUGUGAAGCAAAGAAGCAGCAAGGUUUUCUGCUGUCAAAACAAAAAUUUAGUCUUUUAGACUCAUGUAUUGGUUUUGUAAGUCCUUCCAGAAAUUAUUACAUACUCAUAAAAAUGUUACAAAAGUCUCUUAUUACGUUUACUGAUGUGUCUUUAAAUAAUUUCUUAACCCAUCUACUUCAGAGAAGCAUUUCAAAGAUGCGUUGAAAGCACAAUACUCCUAAAACUGCCCUCAGGGAGCUUUGUCUUGUGCUCAAAGUGCAGGAGUCACUUGCACCCUGUGGUGGCUUUAUGGAACAAUACAGAAUAUAUAUACACAUAUAUAUAUUUCUCAUCCAGCCUCAUGUGGUACUGACCAUGAGACUAUACAGUAAGGUAUUGA